AUGGAGCCCUUGAGCGCAUUCUCAGUUGCCUGCAACGUGCUUCAAAUAGUUGAACUUGGAGCCAAAGCGUUGAAAACUGCAGCAGAAUACCGCAGCGCCGCCGAUGGUGUGAUCUCCGAACAUGCAGAGCUUCGCAAUAUCUCGCAAUCUCUACUCGCCUUGAAUGCAGAUCUACGGGCCUCACUGUCGGCGCCAACGCCAACUGACACCAAGGUCCAGAGUAAAGCUAAAAUCCUGUUGGAGUCAGCCAACGGCCAAUGCCUGAAGGUUUCUACCGAUUUCAUUAAACUGCUCGACCGGUUAAAAGUCGAUGGCACAAGACAUGCAAUGCUUGAGUCUCUGCGCUUGAGUGUCAAGAGUCUCUGGUACAAGGAUAAGCUCGACUCACUUAACAAUGCGCUAGCCCAGGCUCGAGACAAUUUGAAUGUUGCGUUUUUGAUGUAUAUGAACUCGAAGCAGGCAACAGCCGCCGGCCAACUAGACAUUGUACGCUCUGCGACAGAGACAGAGGGCAAGAUUCUGGACGCUGUCUCGCAAUCCUCCAGCGCUAUUCAAAGGGACAUCCAAACACUUGUCAAUAAACUUGAGAGCAUGUCGAUCGAUUCCUUUCGUCAAAAUCAAACUCAGUUUCUUGCUGCUCACCACGUUGCUCUUUCGGAUCUAGCAGCAAAUGUCGAAAGCAUUUUAUUCCAGCAAUAUGAUAUGGAGAGCCUUAAAGUACAACGACUGGCACUAGUUGCUCAACAGAGGAUCCUUGAUAGCCUGAAUUUCCCAAUGAUGAAUGACCGAAGAGAUCAUGUUGAUUUAGCGCACAAAGAUACGUGCCAAUGGAUCUUAUCAAGCCACCGUACUGGGCCCCCUCGGCCAUGGGACGACUUCCCAAGUUGGCUCGCAUCGACCGACGGCAACUCAAGAAUCUACUGGCUUCAUGGAAAGCCGGGUUCGGGAAAGAGUACGCUAAUGAGGUUUUUGGACGACAAUUUAAGCUCGUGCUCUCAGAUGCACCAAUGGGCAGAGAACAAGCCUCUUUUACGAGCCCAGCACUUUUUCUGGAACUCGGGAAAUACGUUGCAGAAGUCUCUAGCAGGACUUCUACGUUCACUUUGUCUUCAAAUUCUCGAGCAACUCCCAGAGAGUAUUCCGGAGGUGAUCAACACUAAAAGAUGGACAACUGCACUAUUACCUGGGAAUGAUAGCUACUCGGUGGAGUGGACAGAGACAGAACUGGCUGAUGUUUUAAGGAGCUCAAUUCUGAUGGGGAGCAAAUCUGCUAAGAUCUUCCUCCUUGUGGAUGGCUUAGACGAGGUUCAGGGCCGCGAUGGUGCCCUUGAUACGCUUGUUGAAUUAUUAUCGUCGCUCUCAGAUCAACCAAGUGUGAAGAUAUGCGUUUCAAGCCGGCCAUGGAACAUCUUUCGCGACUCGUUUGGAGGAUGCCCUCAGUUGCGCCUCGAAGACUUUACACAGAAUGACAUAUUUCAAUACGUCCAAGGAAGGCUACACAGCCACCCAAGAUUCAAGUUCAUCAUUCGGCGCGAGCCAGAGGAAGCAAGGAAACUCGUUAAUGAUAUUUCGCGAAAGUCCUCGGGAGUCUUUUUGUGGGUUCGGCUUGUCAUGGAAGAACUACGUGCGGGCCUGAGGGAUGGCGACGACAUUCUUCGGCUUUCAAGGAAACUGGAAGUGAUUCCUACUGAUUUGAACGAGUACUUUCAACGAAUGAUGAACUCGAUAAGUUUCAAUCAUCGGCGAGAGGCGUCGAUGAUCCUACAAGUUGCCCUUCACGAAGAGACAGAGUUUGGCACACUGCAUCCACUUUAUCUGAUGGACCUGUCCUUCAUCGAUGAAGAGAGGCCUGAAUUCGCAAUUGAAAAGGGCUAUGACUUCAGCAAUUUCGAUCUCGUUGAUAGCGAAGAGAUUCAAUAUCGACUCGACUGCACCGCCAGGAGGCUGAACAGUCGCUGUAUGGGGCUACUGGAAUGUAAGUACGAUGCUUACAGUCCCAUCUUCAAUAUGUGGGAUCAUUCUCGUGAAGAAACAUCUCAAUUUGGUCUUGCUUCUCUCUCAAUGAGUCGGAAGGCUCAAAUGGAUCUACUUGAGACGCCAGACCACCAGUCUGCUUUCGGUGGUAGCAACAUCCAUCGGGCAUUUAAUUUCUAUGUCGAUUUCUUGCAUAGGUCGUGCCGAGAUUUUCUCCUGUCCACUAAAACUCAAACCUUACUCCAACAGUACACUGGCGGACCUUUUGACGCCAGAUCCUUUCUCCGAAGCUCUCGUUUGACGCAGAUGAUGGCUUUGGGCGCUAGGGGGCCCCAAGGGAAGUUUGCAGCUACCUUGGCAAGUUAUCUGCUGAGUACAAUAUCUUUACACGAGUUUCGAACGCACAAAUCCUCAGCGACAGUAGCAGCCAUUAUGCAGCCACUUAUUGAGGACAUUGUACGACACAAUGAGUUCGAGCCCGUCGGCUGGUACAUCAACAGCUCACUCUACACAUGGCAUACGGAGGAGAGCUCGUUCCUGACCUUGGCCAUUGAUUUCAAUUUAACAUCAUAUAUCAUGGACAGCAUGACAACAACUGCCAUUGAAAACAAAAAGGGACGUCCAAUCCUGGACCACGUGCUUCGACCAAGAUUUGUUGGACGCCCAUCAGAGCUCGGAAUUGGCAACACGCUGCCAGAUCUGGAAAUCCUUCGACUCGUGCUUGAUUGUGGCGCCAACCCUAACCAAGAAUAUGAAGAAUCCAGCGUCUGGGCACUAUUCUUGUUUUCUUUGAUCGGAGCCUCGAACCUGAUAAUCAGUGACCGCAACGUCGGGUGUCCGCAAUUGAAGAAAGCCUAUAUUGGUGCCUUACAUCUGCUCAUCGAAUAUGGUGCCGCUUCACGACUUCGCCGGACAUGGAUUCUGAACCAGCCCAGGGACCUGGAAUAUAACGUGUACGAUCCGCGCACGGCAAUCUCUUACCAGCAAGAGAUCUGGCCAAAGCUGAUCACGGCAGUCGAGAGCAGCACAGGCGAGGACUAUCCGGUACUCGAGCUUUUCGAGUUUUUGCGCAAUAUAUUUGGAGACGAGACAGACUUCCUGAAGGCUGAGAUUGGGAGCAGGAAUUCCACAUGA